CAUAUACUUCUUCAAUCUCUAGUAUUUUCUUCUACCAUCUACUCUAAAAUCAAUGGCUUCUUCUCAAUCUGUUCUCUCUCACCUCUUCUCUACACCACCAACAACUUCUUUACAAAUAGCUCCUACUUCUAGUAGCGAUGACGAAUCUGCUUAUAUUGACUGGGACAACCUUGGGUUUCAAUUGAUGCAAACUGAUUAUAUGUACGUUACAAAAUGCUCUGAUGAUGGAAUAUUUAGACAAGGACAACUUAAUCGUUACGGCAAUAUCCAAUUGAGCCCAUCUGCUGGUGUCUUAAACUAUGGACAGGGGUUGUUUGAAGGUACAAAAGCGUAUAGAAGAGAGGAUGGUAGAAUAUUUCUAUUUCGUCCUGACCAGAACGCGAUGAGAAUGCAAAUUGGUGCGGAGAGGAUGUGCAUGCCAUGUCCUUCGACUGAUCAAUUUGUUGAGGCUGUUAAGCAAACGGCUAUUGCUAACAAGCGUUGGAUUCCUCCUUUUGGAAAAGGGGCACUAUACAUUAGGCCUCUUUUAAUAGGCAGUGGUCCUAUUUUUGGUUUGGCUCCAGCACCUGAGUACACUUUCCUUGUCUAUGCCUGUCCUGUUGGUUAUUAUUUCAAGGUUAGUUCCUUAUUU